CUUGCCCGCUGUGGUUGCGUCAUACACAAUUACCCUGAGAAUGUCCUCAUGCCUGGUGAAAGAUGCACCAUGCUCCUCAAGAGCAAGGGGAUCCACGAUCUCACCCUUUCCAGCUGGGCUAUACUUAUGGACGCCCUCAAAAACAACUCACUCACCAUGCAACACAUCACCACUGGGAAUGCCUGCCAAAGACUUCUGGCUUCCUGUGAGCCCAUCAUCUUGGGUGAAGCGCCUGCACCUGAAUCACCCCAUACUCGUGGUUGGUGCAUGUUCAUUGACGGUAGGAUUGACCGUAAGGGUCUUCCUCGUCAA